GCUGCAGACAGGUUAAACCUCAACAAACACAAAACCCCUUAACCUCAGUCCUCAGCUGACAUUGUUGCUGCAUAGGAACCAAACCAAAAAGCACACACUACCUCAUCAUCAAUGGCGAAGCUUCGAACAGCCAUUGAUUCUGCGUUCUGGGACUUGAACAUUGCAUCCCCUCAGUCCCUAGAUGGUUGGGCUAAGGCUGUUCCAGGAGACCCUAUUCCUCUUGACGGUUCUGUUGCAAGCAAAGCUCUUCGCCCUCAGCAAUUCUCAUUCUUCAAGAACAAUAGCUUCCCUCUUCCUGUAAUCCCUUCUUUCUCUCCCACUUCUCCUAAGGAUUUGGGCUCCUUUGCUCUUCAGUCGUUGCUCCUCAGACUCACCUCACAUCGUUGGUGGCUUGGAGUAACUGGACAAUUUCGUCCCAGGAAGCUGAUUACUGAUAUAAAAAAUGAGAUUACUAAUGCUGAUGAAUUUGAUCUAUCCACGGUCAAGGAUGUUGCAAAACAUUUCAUUGACAAGUCACUUUUUUCAAUUGGGUUAACCUCACAAUUUGCUUUUUCUUCUUCAACAUCCAUGCUGUUUAAUAUAGAGGGCCAUGGUGAGAAAGAAAGGCGCCGCAAAAAACUGAUGCUUUUACACAAGCUUCCUAAUCAUGAUCUUACCUUGGAGGCAGCGUGGCCUCAAUUGUUCGUUGACCACAAAGGAAAAUAUUGGGAUGUUCCUGAGACUUUAUCGGUUGAUUUGUCAUCCCUUGUGUCUGAUUCUGGACUGCGGUACCACUUAGGGAUACAUAAAAACGGUGGCAAUCCCCAGGCAAUUAAUGCAACUGAUAGCAAGCCACCACUGUCUCUACUACCGGGGUUAUGUGCGAAGGCUGCCUUUACUUAUCAGAAGACCAAGUACUUAUGGAGAGAUGGAGAGGUUGUGGAGGAUCUGGAAGAGGAGACAAGAAGGGUGGCUCCUUAUGAUGUACGUCUUCAGGAACCUCAUGCAGCAGUGUCUGGAAUAAUCGGUAGCUCCUUUGCUUCCUGGAUUCGGAAUGGUUCAGCAGAAGAUUCGGAGGUGUCAACAAAAAGCGGGAGAUCUCGACAUAAUGCUGAUUUGUUUGGUUCAGUCUGCUAUACUUUUCAGCAUGGGAAAUUCACAAAGGAUUUUGGGGACUUGACCAGAUUGGAUGCUCGUCUUGAUAUAUCUUCAGUUUCAGCACUUGGAAAGAAGAUUAUGAAUGGUUUCAAGAGUUCCACCGCUGCUGAUGUCAAUGAACAACCAUCAGCCUCACCCAGGCUUAAUUUGAUCUUUCAACAGCAGGUUGCAGGGCCAGUUGUCUUUAGAGCAGAUUCACGAAUUUCACUUGAGUCUUUCACCAGGAAACACGGUAUCAACUUUGAAGAUUUCAUUUGCAGCUUGAAUUACUCCUUUAAGUUUCUGGAGUCUGGAAAGUUGGUUGCAUGGUAUUCUCCAAAACGGAAAGAGGGGAUGGUUGAGUUGCGCUUUUAUGAGUUUUAACUGAAUGCUAUCCUCACCUUUUUGUAACACUUUGAUUGACAUUUUAAUGGAAGAAGCCCAGCCUGCUUGCUUUAGAAGCUCCAUUUGUUUGUCAUUUACUCUCAUGCGUAUAUGUUGCAUGCACAAGAAGCAAUGCAAUAACAUGUUGUAAAACUAAUGACAAGACCUUAAUCAAUGCUGGAUAGGGGUCCACAGUCAGGAUUUGAGAUC